GUCUCGGCCAGCGCCGGGGAGGGACACCACUUCACAACACCGAUUCUAUUCAUACAUAGGAAAUAUUUAUAUAUCUCCGUCUCUUUCACGCGUAUUGAGAAAUAAUUAAAUGAAUGGUGAACGAGUGAAACGGGAAUAUGUUCGAGUGGAAAUUAUUGAAAGCUGGGCCAGGCCAGUCGCCAUGUAGAAUUUUUUGAUGUGGGUGUUGUGUCUUGGGACGUCAAACGCUUCAAUGAUUAUUAUUUUCAAGUGGACGUUAAUUUUUGUGUAAAUCGCCAUUAACAUUGCGUAUCGUGGUAUUUGUUGGUGUUAUUCGGACUAAUCCAUUGUGUUAGUGAAUCAUUUUGAUCUGGUGACGGCAGAUAAUAAACUGGUGGGGGGCUGCUAAAAUACUACGACAGGAUAGUAACAACGUUUUACAACUCGAGAGGUGUUCGGUGCGCUCAUAAAAUUUCUCAUCUCGGUGCGGGCGAGUCGGACUUCCAUUUUGUUUUAUUAUGUGGUUGGACUGUUUACUCGGUGCGUUGCAUUCGGGACAAUGGAAAGCGACGGUGGUGGGGGCGCGAAGCUUGAGUGAGUGGUAGCGGAGGUGAUGCAGCGAGACCACGCGGGCGGCGCCCCGCACCACCCGCACUCCGCCGCCGCCCCCGCGCCCUCGCAUCCCCACUACCGGUCGGCGAUCUACGACAUCGAUGACCAGAUACCGGCAUCGGUCAUCAGCAGCGUCGGCACAGUGAGCCUUUCGCAGUCGUCCACAAACCUGACGCCGAACAUAACUAUGGCUAACCCAACCAAUCCCGGCAACGCGAGUAGCGGUAACGCUCCGCAGCCGCCGCCGCAGCAAGCGACCCAGGCGCCUGUCCGCAAUCUGCCCAAGAAACGCAAGUUCGACCCUUCAGAGCUCGAAGAGAUCGAACGCAACUGCAUGAACAACAUCGCCAUCUCCGCUCCUCUCCCAGUGGAGUACCAACCGACCAUUCAAACUGUCCCCCAACCCUCCCCCAUUGUCCAACAUCCCUCUCCCCCGACGGAUAUCAAGCCAUAUUCCAUCCAUUACCCCAACAUUGACCUGUCCGAGUGGCGCGACCAUCGCGUGCUCGCCAAGCAACGCGGCAUUUACAUCCCGGGCGUGAUUCGGCAAGCGGACGGCUGCAAAGUGAUAGUGGAGUUGGACGGGCAGGAGAAUGACCCGGUGGAGUACAGUGACAUUUUCGGCAAGAACAAGUUCGAUGUGAUAAGUGACGCGAGCCCGCAAAUGAGCCAUCUCCUGAUCGGCUCCGCGUGUGUGGUGAGGACUGCUGACCCUCUCCGGGAGUGUGGGCCAAAUGUGUUCCUUGAGGGGAUCGUGUGCGAGGUUCUCAAUUCGCCUAGGAGGAUCAGAGUCCAGGUCACCGACCGCGAGUGUAAAGAGAUGGUGGAAGUGAAGCGAGCCGACCUCAGGCUCCUCCAGCCUCCCUGGGCGGACGAGUUGGAGGAUGCUGGUUCGCACUCAGUGUCUGGGAUGCACAUGAUGCAUUCCACGCCUCGUGUGCAAAUGCAUCCUGCGCCACAGCCGUUCCAGAUGGGCUCCGAAAACUUUUUCACCUCAUCCCCAAUGCUGGGCAGUAACGUGGUGACCGUCGGCGCGCUGUCCAACGGUUCUAUCGACGACCUGCGCAAGCGCACCUUCGACGAUUACUGCGAGAGCGACGACGAUCUUCGCCGCGAGGAUAUAUCCUUCUCCGCCGAUCCUCAUAUGGGUCAAUCUCAGGCGGCCACACCGCAUAAGUACAAGAAAGGUGACGUGGUGUCAACACCAACCGGCAUUCGUAAGAAGUUCAAUGGGAAGCAAUGGAGGCGGCUCUGUUCCAAAGACUCGUGCACUAAAGAGAGCCAACGCCGCGGAUUCUGCUCGCGCCAUCUUUCCCUGCGUGGCGUGACGUCACGCUCGUCUAACACGCCCCUGGCUCAAGGGUCAACGCAUACUCCGCAGCAGAGAAGCAGUAGCAAGUCGCUAUCAUCGAGUGGGACCGGCGUGGAAGGAGAUGAGACUUCCCGCGAGAGUGACACCACACCUCCUCACUACCGCGUCACAGGACGCUUCGACCCCGACGAGACCGAGGCCGCUAACAUGCUGGUGUCGCUAGGCAGCUCUCGCUCGGGCAGUCCCGGGGCUUCCCCGGUAGGCGGCGUGGCGUCUCCAGGGCUUCGAAAUAACGUGUUCGUGCCGAUAUCCAGUCCGCAGCCGCAGCCGCCGCACGGGCCCACUGUGUACCAUCACCUUAUCAGGCCAGAGCUGGUUCGGCCCGGUAGAGGCAGUCCUCCCGUUGGAGGUGUAGCCACUAGCGUCAUCAGGGUAUCCCCUGCGCCUACAUACUAUCAGGUCUCAGAAAACCGCAACGGUCCCACUAAUCUCCACCCAAACAUAACUUCCCAAUCCAGCGUGAUCGGCGUCCAAACGUCGGGCCUAAAUAGCCAGAGCACGAUCCAGAUAAGUCUCAACGCGCCCACCAGUCUGCAAUCCAGUCUCUCCCUCCCUUCCAGUAUAUCCCUGAACCUGAACAACCAGAAUCACCAAACCAGCAUCGCAAAUACAAUUCGAAGUACGAACGAGAUCCCGCACAAUUUAGUCGUACACCGCACCACUAACGGUAUCGACAUAGACGUAUACAGGCAGCAGCCGUUACAUCUAAGGAACGGCAUCCACGAAUACCGUCGCGAGGAAUCGCCAACAAUGAAUAGCCAUGAGAAUUUUUUAAAUAGACGAGUCUCGGAGUAUGAGGACGACGAUCACGCUAUACCUCAGAGGGAGAGAGAGAACGCCCGCCCUGGGGGUCUGUCGGACCCCCGCCCGGGGGGUCUAUCAGACCCCCGCCCGCCGGAAAUGUCCGAGACUCGCGUGGAAGACAAGAGGAUUGUGAAGCCGGCGCCGGUGCAAGCGAGACUCGUCUCCGUGCUGGACACGGAGUCGAAAGACGCUAUGAAGAGGUACUACGUGAUACCGCAGAACACACUUUGUGAGAAGAAGAUUGUGCUGAUUAAAAAUGAGCCGGAGACUGUUCAAAUAGAGCAGAAGAUGUCUCAAUUGGGUCAGCACCUCAACAACAACGAACCAGAACACGAAAGGGGUCUUGACAAUGGAGUCAAUGACCAUGUAAAUAAUGUGAACAAUAGUGCUGUGAUAGUGCACCCCAGUCAGCUGCUGCCUGUCUUGCCUCCGCCUACGUCACACACAGCUAUCAUAGUAUCAACAAGCGGCGUGCAAGGCGGCGUGUUCCCCUGGCAGUCGCUGGUCCCGCUACUGGCCGCGUCGUCCCCACCCCCCGCGGCGCCGGCGUCCCCGCGAACGCCCCGCACGCCGCGGACGCCCCACACGCCCCAUACGCCCCACACGCCGCAGACGCCGCACACGCCCCACAUCAAGACUGAGGACCAGAUCAAGACUGAGGCUACUGGUGACGCCACCGCCGUGUGUACGGAGGAAGACGACGACGUUUUCGAGUGUGAAGAAACAACCGGCACAGAAGAGUCCAAUAAGCGCCGGUCGCAGAGCCUGUCUGCGCUUAACUCGCCCGCCGCCACGGAGAAGAAGGAGCGUCGCAUCCGACGUCCAAUGAACGCGUUCAUGAUCUUCUCCAAACGGCACCGGCAAAUCGUGCACCAACUGCACCCGAACCAAGACAACCGGACCGUCAGCAAGAUAUUGGGGGAGUGGUGGUACUCUCUGAAGCCUGAAGAGAAGCAGAAGUAUAACGAGUUGGCGAGCGAGGUAAAAGAAGCCCACUUCAAAGCUCACCCCGAGUGGAAAUGGUGCAAUAAAGACAGGAGGAAGUCUUCAAGCAGUAGAGACCCUACUGGUUCUAUGCCACAGAGUCCUCGGACGCCGUCAGAAGCGGGCGCGGGCGCGAGCGCAGACGUGCCAGUUACGGUGGCUGCGUACGCGCACGUGGGAUCGCCGCAGCUCAGUGACGACGAGCCUAUGAUAACACAAACGCUCUGCGAAGAAACACCAGCGCCUGCUCCGAACCUCGAGAUCGAUCUCAAGUGCGGGGAGAAAGUCACCGACUCCGACUCAGAAGGGAUCGACACCCGAGACUAUCUGCCCCAUCACGACCAUACGAGACGGCCUAAACCUAUUAAGGCUAGAGCUGGCUCGUCAGACAACCUUCUCGGUGGGAUCACAGCUUCGAGUCCUGGGGGGUCUAAAGUGUUCCAACCCACUGGUGGUGCGUUCAAAUCUACACACGCUGAUACAGGCGACAACCACCGGCAGUGGUUCACCCACCUCAAGACGAGCGUGCCAAGCCAAGUGCCAAGUUCCCCUCACCCCUCGCAGUCGAUAUCUACAAGCACUCAGAGUCUGACCAACAGUGUUCAAGGCAUAUCGCUGAGCGCACCCAAUCUCACCACCCAGGCUGCGUUGGACAACGCUAUUGCUUCGAUUAUGAAUUCUCCCACGUCUACUAGUGGAGUGCAGUGUUUUGGUCCACAGGUGAUCUCGCAGACUUCCACGUCGCUGCUCAAGAGCGUCACUCUCGUCAAGAGGAAUAUCAACGAUAACACUGGGCCCCUAACCCUGUCCGUGGAUGCGUCAGGCAAGUUCCUAAUCACGGCCAGCCAGGCCGGCGAGCAGCCGGGCGAACAGCCCUUGCAGUAUGUACAGCUGCAGAGACUGUAUGUGCCUACCUUCAGUAAUGAAGUGGAAACCAGUAAACCCCAAAGUCAAAACGUACAAAGCGCCCCUCCAUCUGUGAUAGUGUCGCAAAGCAACAGCCAGAGCGCGCCUAAACCUGUAAAUAAUGUGCAAUGGGAGACACCGGCAGAGGAGACUAGGCCAUUCCCGCUGGCGCCCACGCCUGCUCAGCUCGGCCGAGCGCCAUUGCAGAAGCGGCUUAGUCGAGGAACGUCUACAGGCUCCACCGGCAGCGCGGAGCAGCGGCCCGCCACGGAUAGCGGCCCUACCACGCCGCUGGACGAGCCGCUGCCCUCGCCCAAGCACGACCUGCCCAGCCCCUCGCUCAAGAAGAGCCUGUUCAAGAAAGGCAACGAGGACGGCCGCGACAAGGUGUUAGAGUCGGUGAAGUUCGAGCAGAAGUUCAGCACUUUACCGCAGUUCAAACCAGAAGCAUGUAGCCCCAGUGCAAUGGUGGUGCCGUGCAGCCCGCUGUACUUGCGGAAGAAACACAACAAGAUGGGAAUGGAUGAGGAAAGCACAGUGGUGACGCCACAACUAGAACCGGAGGUGAUCAACGUGAACGGCAACAGUAUGCCCACGCCGCACUCCUACGGAACCCCACAUACCACCACCAAGCUGGUCGGGAACACAUUCUUCGGGCCCGACUUCAACCUGGAGACCUUCAGAGGUUCGGAGAGCCUCGACGAGAUGUCGCCACGCACGCCGUGCUCGGGCAGCGCGUGCGCGCCGGCGGGCGCGUGCGGCGCGCGCGGCGAGGCCGGCCACCGCCGCGUGCUCGAGCAGCGCCGCAACCUCGUGCUCAAGCUCUUCAAGGAGCAGGGCAUGUUCCCCAGCUCGCAGGCCACCACCAACUUCCAGGCCACUCACAUGGACAUAUUCCCGACGAAGAUGUCGCUGCAGCUAAAGAUCCGGGAGGUGCGACAGAAACUCAUGGCGCAGUCCAACCUCACGCCACACUCGGAGGUCAACACGCCCACAAAUGUGAAUUCUCCGAUCGUGUCGGCCGCACUGCAGCCGACCUCUACGGCCAGUUAGCGAUGUGGGUAUACCAUCUCCAUUGUCGUGCAGGAAUAGGCAAUACUAUUCAGUUGUUGACGCUUUAGCUAUUCUUCUCUUUAGUUCAUUAAGGUACCUCUACAUAAGUCACAUUAUAUGGCCCCUUACUUAUUUUCGGCCUUCGACUCAGCUAGAUUCGAUAUACAACUUUACUGCGUUGUAUUAAGGUUCGCGAACAUCUGUCAGCUACUUCUCCAAUGCCAAUUGAUAUUGUAGUAUGACCGAGUCACUGAUACUUUCUUCUGGCGAGUCUAUAAAUAUUGAGUAAUAAAUAGUUAAAGUGGCAACAGCUGAAUAUUUAGAAUAAUUCUGUUUGUAACAGAUACCUUUGUGCAAUGGAGUUGUGAGAUUUUCGAGUGUUCUAUCUUAUAGUGAUCACUUAUUUUAUAAUACAUACUUCGAUGCUUGAUGGCAUUUAAAUUAUACGAUUCUAUUCUUCGUAGUAAAUCUAUCACUUUAAGAAAUUUUGGACAUAAUAGAAAAAACAAAAAAAUGUAUGUUGAGAUGUUAUUAUGACGAAUGAAAGGUCCGAAGUCGCAUAUCAUUUGUUUUGUUUAUCAACGUGAACUGACGUUCUUCCAAAUUCGGAGUGAUUGGUGGAGUGGGUGGGUGCCUUUGAUUUGCGAGAAAGACAAUUAUUUUAUUUUGGUGUUAAAUCGUAAUUUUAGGUUAUUUCUAUCAUCGUAGCUAUUCCUUAGCACUUCGACAUUUAUGUCAGUAAAAUUUAAGAUAUAGCGGUUAAUACUUAUGAAUGUGGAAUUAAUUAACGUUUCAGAAGCGAAUAUUAAAAUGAAUUCUUCGCUUUCACAUCUGGACAAGCAUUUCAUCGAUUCCAUUGUUCAGACUAAACAUAAAAACACAAAAAAAUAUCGUAAUUAAUCAUAAUCUUUGUUAUCGCGGUUGUAGGCGUCUGACGUAUUCAUAUAGGUUGCAGGUAGUAUUGUACCAGAGAAGGUGUUGAGUGCCAUCGGAAUAUUUUACCGGAAGGCAAUAUUAAAUAAUACAAGUAGCUAGGUAAUUUUGAUGAGAAGUUUUAUAAUAUUUAAUAUCGAAAUUUUUUAAUUCUUAACAUUCAGUUUUCGUUUUUUAUAAUGUUUUACACCUUGACAUCUUUGAGGUACUUAUGUUUUAUAUCAUCCAUAUUUAUUUCGGUAAAGUUAGCACGUUACUCACUAUAGGCACGAUCUCAAUAUAUUUGUGUAAAUAUGUAAGUCCUAUACUCGUAGUUGACUGGUGUAUGUCAGGUUGUGUAUUUUGCGUUUGUGUUAUGUGAAGUUUGUAUCAUUUUGUUAGUGUAUUCCAUUGUUGCUUCUGCUAUUAUAGUAUAGUGUAGCGACAUCGAUCUUGAUGUACAGUCCACAGCACAUCACCCUACCCCAAAAUUGUAUUUGCUCAAUUGAUUUUGAACAUAAUGCAAAUGAUAUAAAGAUCAAAAUCAAUUGGGAAUAUCGGUCAUGCUAUAGGAGGUUCAUGUGCUGUAAACUGUACUAUCAUCACAGUACUUUUAACUCGACUGUCCGAUAUAAGACGUCACACUUGUGAGUUUUUAUGAAACGAAAAAUCCCGACUGCAAUUUGUUAAUUUUGCGAUGAUUUAACGAAACUGAAGCCUAAUUUGAAACUAAUUCGAUCCGAGUAGGUAUUAUGUAGGGAUAAGUUCAGAUUAUUAGGUAUAUCGUAAGCUUCGUUUACAGUUCCAAAUUAAAAACGCCUGACUCCUUUCAAUGCUUUAACACGAAAUGUGUGUUCCCAACAGUUUCUGUUUCGGGCCUAGACCAUGAGCUAUAUUUAGUAUCGCUACCACUUCAACAUUGAUUUAUUAUUUAAUGAUUCCUUAAGAAAAUGCUGCAUUUAUAUAUAUAAAUAUCACGUUGUUUGCGACCGUCAGACAAAAGUAAAAGACGCACACGUCACUGGCCUCGUUUUAACAUUGACUAAUCUAUGCGGAGUGUGACAGAGAGAGGAUGAUCUGUGUAUUGGUAAAGAGGGAGAUAGAACAUGGUGCGUAUUCAUUAUUAUUUAAGUGUCUUAUUUUCAAUUGUUUCUAUUUAUGUUGUGAUGUUGGUCUUCCACAUGUUUAAGAAAUUUUCAUUUUAUUAGAUAAAUAUCUACUUAUUAUUUGUAUGUACAGUGACUUACGUUAAGUAUUCGUUUUUGGAUGCCAUGUUGUAACGAGCAUUAUUAUAUUACAUUAUUAUAUUGUAAUAAUAAAUAUAUAAGUUUCGGAAGAAAGUCAAUAUCUUACGUGUUUCUACAAGUAAGUGCAAACAU